AUGACAAAACAUAUUGUUGUAUUUUCAUCUUCAAAAGAAAGAAUUGAAGAACCAAUCCACAGACUUGGUAGAGAUUUAUAUUCAUUUACAAAAGCCAAUAAUGAUUUAGUCAAAAAUAUUCAAAUCUUUAUUAGUCUACAUGAUCUUGAUCAAAUUUUGAUUCAACUUUAUGAAUAUUUAUGUGUUAUACAAGGUUAUGUUUGUUCAGUUAUUCAAACAUUAAAUCAACAAAUACAAUAUUUUAUUGAAAAAUUUCAAUUAUGCAAACAAUCGGAAAUUCAAUUGUAUUCAACAAAUUUAAAUGAAGUUUCUAAAUAUUUGUCAAUCAGUAAAAAAAACAUUGAUGAAAUUAAAUAA